GCUGCAGCGUAAACAAAUAGUUGCAUGACUUUGUGCUCUCGGUGCUGUGUAUGUAUAUAUAUACAUACAUAUAACUGCUAAACUAUAUUUCCGUAUGUAAGGGUUUUCAAUUGAAUCGGAGCUCCUCAUUCCUCCUUUUUAUAAAAUUCCUUCCUUAUAUUUUCCAUACAUUUAUAGCAUACUAGAUAUCAUAUUCAUAUGGAUCAAUCCAUGGUUCCAGCUAAAAUUGAGCUUGCUCGAAAUGUGGCUGGUGUUGUUGGAAAUAUCACUGCACUCUUCCUCUACUUGUCACCAGCGCAAACUUUUAUUCGAAUUUUCAAGAAAAGGGCAGUGGAACACUUCUCGCCAACCCCAUACUUGGUGACGCUAAUGAACCAGAUGGUCUGGACCCUGUUCGCGACGCCCUGGGUGCACCCAAACAGCACCCUCCUCUUAACCGUCAACGUCACCGGCGGCGUCAUUUUACUCUUCUUCGUUAUCCUCUUUUUCAUCUACUCCGACAGGAAGAAGAGGUUGAAGGUGGGACUGGUGGUGCUCCUCGAGUUCAUCUUGGUUGCCGUUCUCACCCUUGUUGUCCUCACUCGUUUACACUCCACACGCCACCGUUCUCUGGCCGUUGGAAUCAUCGGUAAUGUCACAAUCAUCAUGAUGUAUGCCUCGCCCUUUUCUGUCAUGAAACGGGUGAUGACUACAAAAAGUGUGGAAUACAUGCCCUUUUACCUCUCUUUGGCUUCCUUUGUCUGCCCUUUUGCCUGGACUUGUUAUGGUUUACUCCCUUUUGACCCUUUCGUCUGUUUUUCAAAUGGGUCAGGAACAUUGUUGGGCUUGGGGCAGUUAAUAUUGUACGCAAUAUAUUACAAGUCCACAAAGAGACAGAUGGAAGCAAGACAAACAGUCGAGGGUGAAAGCCGUGCGGAGUUAGGAGGUGGUCAGAAACGGGCAUCCCCACAACCAUAACAUCUCGAUCUGUAUGAUUGCAGAUUUCGUUAUUUUUCAGUAUCAAUUGAUCCAUAUAGAUAUAUAUGUGGCUCUAGUGCGAAGUAAAACAUAAGGGGCACAACCAUUUAAUGUCCAACCGGACCAACCCCAUUCCGGUAUCAUGAAUAUUUGA